UCUGCUUUCUUGUAGCCUCAUAAAAGCAACAUCACCGAACAUCCCCAUCUUCUGCAUCUCAUUCAGAUAUAGGAAACGUAGCAGCUUCUUUCCUGUGAAAGGGAAAAAAAAGCUUUCUAAGAUGAUUCCAGAUCCAGAGAACUCUGCGUAUAUUUUUGAAAAAGCAUCUUAGUUGAGAUUGUACACUUGAAGUAACCUUUGGGACUUAGGCAAACAGGAUAUAACAACAUCCCUUCGAAGGGUAUAAAGAAGCCUUCAGCGCUCCACUCUGACAUUUCAUCCUCUGGAUUAUUCUUACAUACGGCAUCGUACCAAAAAAAUCUGUUACAAUGACUGAUCCAAACAGCUCUUUUAAUAUUGACGACUUCAGCGAAUUCUACAAUGAAGAGUUCAACUACUCAGAUCUCCACAACCUGACUGAUUUCGUCGUGGAUGAGAAGACGCUGCUUUGCUCCUUCACCGUCACCAUGACAGAUGCCGUCAACGUAGCAUUCUGCGUCUUCUACGUGCUCAUCUUUCUGAUGGCCAUUCCUGGGAAUCUGAUCGUAGGCUGGGUCAUCGGCUCCAACAAACACUCGCUUUCCGCCUCGGACAUCUACCUGUUCAACCUGAUGCUGGCCGACACGUUGCUAGCUCUGAUUCUGCCAUUUUCCGCGGUCUCGAUGAUCCACGGUUGGGUGUUCGGCGACAUUGCGUGCAAAUUGGUUUCCCUGGUGAAGGAAGUGAACUUCUACACCAGCAUUUUGUUCCUGGUGUGCAUCAGCGUGGAUCGCUACAUGGUUAUCGUCAGAGCUAUGGAGUCCCGGAAGGCUCAGAGGAGACUGUGCAGCGGCGUAGCCUGCGGGUUGGUGUGGUUUCUGGGCUUGGUGCUCUCCUUGCCUUCGUUCUACAACGAGGCGUUUUACGAGAGCGUUUCCAAGCAGACCGUUUGCGCAGAACGCUUUGAGACGAAUCACGCCGACGAGUGGCGACUGGCCACGCGAAUCAUGAGGCAUCUGCUCGGGUUCCUCUUCCCCCUGGUGGUCAUGUUGAUCUGCUACAGCAUCACGGUGGAGCGGCUCUUGCGUACGCGCGGCUUCCAGAAACAGAGAGCCAUGAAGGUCAUCAUAGCUGUGGUCGUGGCCUUUCUCCUGUGCUGGACCCCCUUCCACAUUUCCACGAUGGCCGACACCCUCCUGAGGGCCAAAGUGGUUCAGUUCAGCUGUUUCACACGGAUGUCAGUGGACAUCGCCAUGUUCACAACUCAAAACCUCGGCCUCCUGCACUGCUGCGUGAACCCGGUGCUGUACGCCUUCGUGGGAGAGAAGUUCAGAAGAAGAUUUGUGCAGAUGCUCCGCAGGAAAGGAGUUCUGGAGCGGUUCUCGGUCUCCAGAUCUAGUAGGUCUUCUUCUUUGACCUCAGAAGCCACUUCCAGCUUCCUUUGAGCUACACAAUGGACUUCAAUAUAUGGGAACUGCUAUUUAGUGCACCUUUCCUUGCCCCCCUGAAAAAGCCCACGCUUUGUUGUAGAGGCUAAUUGCCAUGAUGCUUUGGCUCCCUCUAUUGGUCAGAAAGAGCUAAAUUCAUGAUUGGGUGAGAAGUAAACGAGUGCUGCGGUGAUGACUUAUUUAUAUACCUGUUUUUGAAUUAUUGCAGAAAAUAAGCUCCGCGGCCUUUAAAAGUUCACGAUUCUGACACGUUUUGUUCAUCAGGAGAAUUUUAACAAAUGAACAACUAGGCUUGUUUGAAGGGGUUUUUACUGAUGCUUUUGAUGUUGUAGAAUAUGUGCAUUAAUGCGCCCCUAUUAUGGAUUUUUUGAAAAUGAGCUUUCAUGCAGUGUGCACAGCUCUAAGGCAAUGAAAACAUAAAGCAAAGUUUUACACAUGAAAGUGCAUCGUGUAUACCGUACGAAAUAGAAAUGAGACCAAUCGGACCAAUCACAGCAGACUAGAGUAGGAGGAAUCGUUUGAAAGCCGUUGAGCAAGUAAGGUAAAAAUAAAUGCAUGUUAUAAGACAAUCAAAGUGUUUUUGAUCUUGCAUGCGUGUCAAUCUGUCGUUGAGGACUCCCAAAACCAAAAUAUGAACCUUUCAUCCAUAUUAGGAGAGAGACCUAAUUUAAUUAAAAAAAAAACAUUUAUUCAGAACAAUGGAGCGGCCAGUGCUAACUCAUUUUCCGUUUCUGGCCUACAAAAACACAAUGUAUGCAGUACUCUAUUGCUUGGUUGAGCUUCUAGACGUUUAAAGAAUCCCUUUCAGCAUCGCUCAUACGGUGGGUUAGUGAUUUAGAAAAAAAACCUUACCCUAAAAGUAAUAUAGUGAAAUUUCCAUGAAAUAUUAUGGGCAAAGAGGUCCAUUGUCUGUGUAGCGUUGUAUGACGCAAAACUCAUACUGGAUUUAAGCCACCUUCAAACCAAACAGCUUUCUGUUUUUUCGGUUCUUGUGGACCCAUUUAGAAAACCGUGUGUGGAAAUCUUUCGCCGUCCAUCGUCCAUGUUUCCCAUGGAUUCCGAAAAUUUUCAGACAACGGUAAAUGUAACUUCACUGGCAUGUGACAUCUGCAUUAUGGACAUGAAUGGAAGAUUUUUCAGAGUGACCCAAUUGCCAUUUUUACCCAGCCGAUGGUGACGCAAAUGUGAAAAUCCGUAGAGUUCGUCUGAGAUGCCGUGAUAUCAGAAAAACUUUGGUUUGCUGUUAAGCAAACACAUGCUAUUACAAAAUGCUAAGCUGCUGGUUUGGGGAGAAGCGUGUGGUUGAAGUUAGCAAAUUAGCUAAAAUCGCUUACAGCACAACACAAAAGCUUUUAAUAGCCUUUUUUGUCAAGGCAGCUGGUCUGUAUGUGGUCAGUAAGUAAAAAGAUUUAAUUUAAAGACAUUAUGUGUAUGUUUUAAAUAUGCUCUAUGAUGUAGAGCAAACGAAGUAAAUAUUUUUCCCAAUGCUUUAUCCUUUUUUUCCUUUAUAAAUAGUACUUUAGAAAGCCCAUCAAUGCUACGCCUCAUUUCAGGGUGUUGUGGAGAGGAAUAUUAGAUUUUUGUACUCAUGAAGUGUUUGCGGUGUAAUGGUUUGUUAGCCUUAAACAGAUGCAACGACAGAAAAACCUCUCCAAGAUUUAUAAUGCAUGUACUGUUUGAUUAUCAUGCUCAUUUGUAAGUUAAAAAAUAAAAAUGUUAUGGACACUGUAUGUCUCUUUAUUAUACAGUCAGCCAAGCAAAAGUUUUAUGUGACAUACGUUUCUACGUUAAAGUUGAGUUUUUGAUUCAUAAACACAUUUUUUCAUUUA